AUAAGCUUCUUGAUGAAAAUAGUGAUGCUAUUAUAAAGUCUAAGGCAAAAUAUGAUGUAAAUCACUUUGAGCACAAACUCUAAUUCAGAGCAUGCUAACCGAGAAACAAAGUAUUACAUUCUCCUGUAGCUACCCACACACACCAGACCACACGUUUUAUUUCCAGCUGACAAAGUAAAAGAGAAAUUGGCAGGUAAGAGUACAUGGCAAUGAACAGGGAAGAAGACACUCAGUCCUCUGUGCCUAGCGUCUAUUUUAAGACCACUGUAAUACCCAGUUCUGCUUAAGCAAAUCUUGAGAAAUUCAGCUUUACAAAGAGAUACUUUAUUAGCUCAGACCUGCAAUAUCAAGCAUCACAAAAGUAGUCUAAGCUUUCUUCUAUCACCAUCACAGGAACUUCUUAAAUAAGGGGUGGAGAGAGAGACUUUUUGUUUCAAUUUGAUUUUAAAGGCACGAGUAAUGGUUCUUAAAACUCUGUGUUAAAGAGGUGUGCAAUAGUCAUCAGGCUCCUUUGAAACGAUUUCAAAGUCAUUCCAAUCAAUAUUGAACAACAGAUUAACGAGAGAGCCAAUGUUGAAAAUGUAUCCCAUAAUAAAAAAUAUAUAAAUACAUACCAUAUUAAGAUUAUGUCAUCUUAUAAUGAUUGCAUCUUAAUAACUUAAAUUUCGGCUUUGCAGACGCCACUGUUCCCUUUCACCGCUUGCUGCAGCCAUGGUCAACCCCACUGUGUUCUUCUACAUCCCGGCCGAUGGCGAGCCCUUGGGCAGCGUCUCCUUCGAGCUGUUUGCAGACAAAGUUCCAAAGACAGCAGAAAACUUUCGUGCUCUGAGCACUGGAGAGAAAGGAUUUGGAUAUAAGGGUUUUUCCUUUCACAGGAUUAUUCCAGGAUUCAUGUGCCAGGGUGGUGACUUCACACGCCAUAAUGGCACUGGCAGCAGAUCCAUCUACGGAGAAAAAUUUGAGGAUGAGAACUUCAUCCUGAAGCAUACAGGUCCUGGCAUCUUGUCCAUGGCAAAUGCUGGACCGAACACAAACGGUUCCCAGUUUUUUAUCUGUACCACCAAGACUGAGUGGCUGGAUGGCAAACAGGUGGUCUUUGGGAAGGUGAAAGAAGGCAUGAACAUUGUGGAAGCCAUGGAGCGUUUUGGGUCCAGGAAUGGCAAGACCAGCAAGAAGAUCACCAUUUCCGAUUGUGGACAACUCUAAUUC